AUGCCCUUCGUUGUCGGCCCUGCGGCUCGUUUAUCCAAGCUGUCGACAGAUCGCCGCGGUAUUAAGAGACUGGGAUUUCCCUUUACACGCAAGGCAGGCAAGCUGGUCGCGCCGAGGCCUGUCAAUGGAAUUACAGUGGUGAGGGACAACGGAAGUAGUCUGAUGAGUGCACGAGGAUACGACAGCGAUGCGCAGUUCAUUUCAACUCCAAAACGUGCCGCUUACGAGAGAUCUCCAGCCAGUAGGACUUUUCCCAGAGGAGAAUUGAGCGAUCUGAUCGAGCAAAGUCAAGAGCGUACUGAAGUUGAACGAUCAGAAGCUGCACGAUCAGAAGCACGAAACAAAGCCGAGCAUUGGUCAAUUGGCAAGAGUCUGAAUUUCUCAAGCACACAGCAGUCUGAAUCUGGAACGGGAUACAUGCCAACUCCGCCCAGCACAGCAAGAGGGGUUCCACCUGCUUUUUAUGCACCCGAAUAUAUAGCAGGACCAUGGUCCCAGUCGGUUCCAUCAUUAUCCUCCAUAAACCAAGAAGUUGGUCCGCCAGCCCCAGGAUCGUCUCCUAUCAUCGGUGCUCAUGAUCAUAGCAACCAACAGACUCUGAUGGGAGAAUGGAAGCAUUAUAUGAAAAAAAGCUGCGAUCAGUAUGGUGGUAUGGCUUCUACGGGGUCACUAUCAUCCCCAUCGGCAUCAACAACCACAGAAAUCGCAAACCCCAAAUCACGACUGCCAGCGCAUUCGGCAACCUCAUUUACUGAACCUCAAUCACUGAAUCUAAGUGCACUGGGUGUCAACCGGCGGGCCUCGCAAAUCGUAUCAUCUGAUCCUAUAUUGUGCAAUCAACCCGCUUCUGGGCUGGUACGCGAACACAGAUAUGGCUUGGUGUUUCCUAAACCAUCUCAAGAAAACUUUCAACUUCGCUCAAGUCCAGCGGCCUCGAUGGUGCCCAGGCUGAGUCCCCGCGGUCCAAUUAUAGACCCACGAGAUGUAUCUUCAUGCUACUCUCGCGGAAAUGCAUCCUCUGGCAACCAAUCGCUCAAUAAAUCUCCUGACAAGUCAUCAGAGCGUAUUUCACUUUAUGACAAUGUGCCAGUUCCUGAGAGCAGAGUUUUGAGCAAAUUCCGCGAGCAUUGUGACAGUAGUAUUGCUUCUCUUUCCUCUUCUAUUGUCCCUCAGACGAAACUGAACCACAACAAUGAUUCGGGUUCGUCACGCAAGCUGAGUAGCGGGUGGAUGUCUGGAGGUAGAAGGGUCGGUUAUGGAUACAGUCCUGUCUUUGACGAUGAGAGUGAUUCGCUAAGUCAGGAUGAGGGCGGUCGUCUUCGACACAGUUAUUCACCAAAUCCCGAGGUAAUAACAUUGCGUGGUCCUAUUCUUACCCCUACCCCGACGGCUGGCCCAUCAAAUCAGUCUGUAUCUAGUACAUCGGCUCUCCCUAAACCGAAUACAUUAUACCGUAUAGGUAACGGAUACAUCGCACCGCCACAUCUGCGGGCCGUUUUGGAAGGUCACUCAAUUCAAGAUCGUGCUUCUCCGGCAGCCGUGGUGGACCCGAAACGAGCUCGAGAUCGUUAUACGCCAGAGUUGGCUCCUAUGCUCCAAGCUGAGCAUUGCCAAGCUCGGCAGAGUUCGAAUUAUGCCGAUGGAGGAAGUGAUGCUUUUAGCCGUCAUUGGAACCGUCGCAGUCAGUCUCCAAACAUGCAAUCACGAACUCGGAUGGACAAGAACGAUGCGCACCAAAACGUGUUUUAUGAUUCUUUUCCCCCGGCCAAAAACCCAAUAGCCACUUUAUCCACUCAAGAUGGCUUGGAAGAACUAGAGUCUGAUCAUGUUGAUGUGAAUUUGCCCGAAAGCCAAGACCAAGCUCGCAGGCUGAGCAGAAGCAAUUCUCGGGUAGCGAAGUGGGCACGACGGUUUUCCAAACAUAAAGAAUGUCGACGGCUCUCAACUGUACACCAGAAGGAAACUUCACAGACUUCUUCAGAUCAAUUCGAGGACUGUGAACCAAGUACCCCGACGCCGAGUGUUCCUGCAAAUGAUGGCGAAUAUUUUGAGAUGCCGGGCUCUUUCGAAGGGAGUCGCUGGGCAAGCCGAAUCAGUCGGUAUUUCGGCUGA